AUGGGUCCUCUUCGCUGGAAACCGACCCUACCCGUCACCAACAUCAAAGGGCUAGACUUGAUUCUUGGGAGAGACUUCCUGAAGAAGUUCAACCCCGAGAUCAACUGGGUCACCCGCACGGCGAGCAUCUACAAUCAAGACAGAAGAGUUCCACUUCCGAGUUGGAGCAACACGGGAGAUAUUCCGGAGGAGACUCUCGCACGCUUUGAGAAGGACGUGAAAAGAACCAUGGCAGGGUUCGUCGCACUGGUUACAGACGAGGAUGAAGCAGAGAAGAAAGCACCUGAGCUUCCACGUGCUAUCGAGAAACUUCUGGAGGAGUUCAAAGACGUUCUUCCUGACGACCUUCCAGACCAGUUGCCGCCAUACCGAACCCACCAGCACGAGAUCGUCGAAGAACCUGGUUCGAAACCGACCUUCCGAGCACCAUAUCGACUCAGUCCUACCGAAUUGGCUGACAUGAAGAAGCAGAUCGAGUACCUCCUGGACAAGGGACUCAUUCGACCAUCAACAUCACCAUACGGUGCACCAGUGCUCUUCACGCCAAAACCUGACGGAAGCUUACGCAUGUGCAUCGACUACCGAGCCCUCAACAAGCAGACGAUCAAGAACAAGUAUCCGAUUCCACGGAUCGACGAUCUACUUGACCAGCUUCGUGGAGCCACAGUAUUCUCAAAACUCGAUUUGAGAUCGGGAUAUUGGCAGAUCCGGAUGGCGGAUAACUCCAUCCAUAAGACGGCGUUUCGGACACGAUACGGAUCCUACGAGUACCUCGUCAUGCUGUUCUGUCUCACUAACGCACCCGCUACAUUUCAGGCUGAAAUGAACCAUAUUCUUAGGCCUCUACUUGACGAAUGCGUGGUGGUGUACCUGGACGACAUCUUGAUCUACUCGAGGGACAUGAAGCAGCAUAUUGAACACCUACGACGCGUUUUCGAAAUACUUCGACGAGAGAAGUUCUACGUCAAGCUGUCAAAGAGUGAGUUUGCCUUGAAACAAGUUCAAUUUCUUGGACAUAUGGUGAGCGCUCAAGGAGUGCAUGUCGACCCGAAGAAGAUCGAAGCCGUACGUACGUGGAAGUCGCCGGAGAAUGUGAAAGAACUUCAACAAUUCCUUGGCUUCGCGAACUACUACAAUCGGUUCGUGCCACAGUAUGCGAAGAUUGCAACACCUCUCACCAAUCUAUUGAAGAAGAAUACACCGUUCAAGUGGGAGGAUGUGCACCAGCAAGCCAUGGAGCAGUUCAAGACUGCACUCACGUCCGCACCUGUCCUGAUCCUGCCAGAUCCAGAAAAAGACUACGUCAUCGAAGCUGACGCUAGCGACCAAGCAGUUGGAGCAGUCUUGAUGCAAGACCAAGGGAAAGGACUGCAACCAAUCGCUUACCUCAGCAAAAAAUUGCACGGGGCAGAACUCAACUACCCGAUUCACGACAAAGAGGCCUUAGCGAUCAUCACCGCAUUCAAGACAUGGCGAUGCUACCUCGAAGGAAGAAAGACCACGGUCUACACUGACCAUUGCAGCCUGAAGUACCUAAAAACGCAGCCGACCCUCUCCAGGCGACAGGUCAGGUGGAUCGACUUCCUCGAGACACACUUCGACUACGACAUCGUGUACAAGCCGGGACACAAGAAUAAGGCAGACGCACUGAGCCGGCCUGGACACGUUGCCGCCAUACAGGUUGAGGGGAUGAAUCCGCUACUUAAGGGACUCUUUACGCACGGGUACACUAUCGACCCCGAGAUUCCCUUGGCAGAGAAGAAGAAAUUGCUGCAGUGGGACCACGACAUCGCACUACGCAAAGGAUCAACAAAGAUAUGGGUACCCAAUUACCCACCUCUUCGGCAGUUGCUUCUCGAGGAGUUCCACGAUGUGCUCUACGCUGGACAAUUCGGGAGUAACAAGACCCUUGCUGGGAUUGCGAAAGUCUACUACUGGCCUCACAUGGCAGACGACGUGCAGAAGUUCGUCACUUCGUGCGACACGUGCCAACGGAUGAAGAGUAGUAAGCAGAAGAAAGCAGGACUUCUUCAGCCUCUGCCCGUCCCGGAACAGCCUUGGCAAGUGGUCAGCUUGGACUUCAUCACUGGAUUACCACCUACCAUAGCGGGGCAUGACGCCAUCCUGGUCGUCAUCGACAAAUUCUCAAAGAUGGGACACUUCAUUCCGACACAUACAACCGCACGCACGGAGGAAACGGCACAGCUAUUCCUCAAACACAUAAUCUCACAGCACGGGAUCCCAACAACGCUCAUAUCCGACAGGGACCCCAAGUUCACUAGCAAGUUCUGGAAAGAGCUCAUGUCGCUCAUGGGGACAUGCCUAGCGAUGUCAUCUGCAUAUCAUCCCCAGACCGAUGGGCAGACAGAGCGCUUGAACCAAAUUGUGGAACAACUCUUGCGCGCAGCGUGCAAGGACGACAUUAACAAGUGGGACUUGCACUUGCCGGUGUUGGAGUUCGCCUACAAUAAUGCAAAGCAUGCCGCAACAGGAGAGACCCCAUUCUUCCUCUGUUACGGUCGACUUUUGCUAACUCCUCAACAGCCGACAGUACCUGCAACUGUCCAACCCGCGCACGACUUCGUUACCACAAUGCAGCAGCUUUGGGAUCGGACACACAAGCGUCUACAGGACAUACAGUCUUCACAGAAACGCUUGGCCGAUCGCCAUCGACGUGAUCAUACCAUUGCGGUUGGUGACCAUGUGCUUCUCGACACAUGCAACCUCAACCUCGGUCACCUUCCAUCCAAGUUACGACCUCGCUUCUGCGGACCUUUACUCAUAGAAGAGCAGGUCACUCCAGUCACAUUCCGCUUGCGCCUACCAGCUAGUUGGAAGAUUCAUAACGCCUUCCACGUGCAGCUUCUUAAACCUUAUCGAGAUCCAAAUAAGCUGUACACGGGACGCCAACCUCCGCCGCCGCCUCCAGUCCUCGUGAAUGAUGAACUUGAGUACGAGGUCGAAUCCGUGCUUGCACAUCGUCGUCGUCGGCAUGGCGCCCUGGAGUUUCUCAUACGCUGGAAGGGCUAUGAUCCUUCCGAGGACAGCUGGGUCUCUGAAGAAGACAUGAGUAACGCCCGACGUUCUCUUCGCGACUAUCUUGUCAAGCAGGGUGUUACGUCUACCACCCAGCUUUGA